AUGUCGCUUCCGCAGAAUGUCCAUGUCUCUUCCCACCCCUGUUUGCAAGCUAAGCUCUCCCUCAUCCGCUCAGAGUCUACCACUCCACGCGAGACCAGAGGUCUAGUUCAUGACAUCGCCACAAUUCUGGGAGUCGAAGCCUUUGCAGGGCUUAAGACAAUCAAGACCGGAACUGAUCGCACCCCUCUCGGCAUCGAAUAUGAAACCCAGGGCAUUGACCCGGCAGAUCUGGCUCUAGUUCCAAUUCUGCGGUCUGGGCUAGGCAUGGUGGACGCCCUAAACGACCUCCUCCCAACCCCAGUCCCGGUCUACCACCUAGGACUCUUCCGCGAAAAAGUAACCCUGCAGCCUGUAGAAUACUACAACAAUCUCCCCUUCCACCGAAGCGAGCUCUCACCCGCCUCGCCCGCAUCUCUCAACCAAGGAGCGAACACCGCAGCCGCAAGUCUCGCGGUCCUUCUGGACCCAGUCAUUGCAACAGGUGCCACAGCCGAGGCAGCCAUCCUUCUUUUGCGAGAGUGGGGCGUUAAGAAGGUCCUUAUGCUGAGCGUGCUUGCUUCUGCAGAAGGUGUUAAGCGUGCUGCUGGAACUUGGCCCGAAGGGGUGGAGGUGUGGGCUGGAGCCAUUGAUUCGGGUGUCAAUGAGAAGGGAAUGAUUGUGCCUGGCCUUGGAGAUAUUGGGGAUCGAUUAUUUGUUGCCAUGGGAAAGUAA